AUGAUCAAGUUAUUAUUCUUUGUGUUUUGGUUGUUAAAUAGCCAUGAUAGUCAUAGAGUUAAUGCUAUUCACAUAGAUGAUUUGGAGAUAGAAAGACAAUUGCAAGUUCUUAACAAACCCUCACGCAAGAGUAUUCAAACAGAAUUUGGAUAUAUUAUUGAUUGCGUUGAUAUUUAUAAACAACCAGCAUUUGAUCAUCCUUUAUUAAAAAACCACACAUUACAGAGAAAACCUAGUUUCCAAAAUUCAUUUAGAAAAACAAGUGUGAAUAAUUCAUCAAAUAAACUCAUAUUUGGACUUCAAAAAGAAAAAUGUCCAAUGGGAACCGUUCCCAUUAGGAGAACAACAAAAGAUGAUCUCAUUCAAGGAAAAUCAUUAUUGUAUAUCUAUAAUCAAAGUUUGGUUCAAGAUAAUCCCGGUGUUCAUAUGGCAGAACUAUAUGUGAUAGAAGAAAUGGGUCCUUUUUAUCAAGUUAAGGGGAUAAGCAGUGUUUAUAAUCCAAGAGUUCUUAAGAAAAAUGUAAAUCAAGUAAGCAUUUCUCAUAUAUGGGUUGAGAACGAUCACGGCACUAACAAAAUCGCAUUUGGAUGGCAGGUGGCUCCAGAAUUGUAUGGUCGUGACACUGGAACUCAUCUCUUUUCAAUAUGGACAACGGAUAAUUUCAACCAUACAGGAUGCUACAAUCAACAAUGUCGAGGCUUUGUCCAAACUAAUCGAGAUAAGUUCCUCGGUUCACGCUUGUCCAAGACAUCUGUUUACGGAGGAACGACAGUGGAGAUUUCAAUUUCGAUUACUGUGGUCGAGUUCAGAAUCAACUACGUAGAUCCACAAAGUAAAAAUUGGUGGUUGAAUAUCGAUGGGCGAGAUAUUGGAUAUUAUCCAGGAGAAAUAUUCUGGAACAUGGCCUCAGGAGAUCGAGUGGGGUGGGGCGGAAGAACAAAGACUCCUGCUGGCCUUCCUAGUCCUCAAAUGGGAUCUGGAAAUUUGCCAGAUGGGAACUUUCAACAUGCAGCCUACUUUAAGGGUAUGGCAUUUACAGAUGAUGAGAGAGAUAUCGAACCUAACAAACACGAUACAGAGACAUCCAUCGACAAUUCUGAUUGUUUUGAUCUCGAUUUCUAUUAUGAUAACCACGGCUUCGGAGAUUCUCUCCAAUAUGGGGGACCCGGUGGCGUCUGUGGCGAUUGA